AGGAUCGAUACGGUGCAUUAGCACUGGCUGAGGCUGCAGCCCUCGCACACCGGUGCCGGGCUGAGCCUGGGGAGCUGCAGAGCGACCAAAGCAGCUCGCGCUACCCUCACUUGACAGCACUGCAAGGGUAAAAGGAGAGAUGCCACGCAGGAGCCUCAUGCCGGGGGCUGCUCUCCCAGCCCCCUGCCCCAAGGAGAUGGUUCAAGGUUGGCCCCCCAGGCAAGCGGGUGCCCCCACAAGGCAGGAGGGAUCUCUCCUUGGCUUCAAGCAUCAGUGGGGGCAGCCAGGACAGAUGAAGGGCACCUUAAUGAGCAUCUCCACCAGGCAGCAGUGCCGUGGCCUGCUCACGGCCCUUGGCAAUGGGCAGAGCGGGCUCUGUGGCCGGCCCUCGGGCAAGCACAGCCGCCCGGCCGCAGGAGGCGAGAAGCCCGGCGGCGCCUGGGCUGGGGCGCAGGGGGUUAACAGCCCCUUGCUGUGCCGCAGCCGCCGCCGCCAAAUGAGCUUUUUGCUGCCCUAAUGGAACCCAAUUCCUCAGCCCAGCUUUCCGCUUCCCACUAACGCGCCCGGGCUCUGGGCAAUGACAUUCCUGCGCGUCCUUCACCCUGUGGCCACCCCCUCCCUGCCAGCACCCCGUCUGCCGUGGGGGGACCCCAGUGGGCUCAGCUGGCCCCACUCACCCCACGGCUGAGAGAGGAGGGGGGGGGGGAAGUCCCUGCCAGCUCAAGCAGGGGAUGCUGAGGGUGAGAGCAGCGGGAAGGUGCGUGACCGGGUGUUGAGCAGUGAAAGGGGAGGGGGUGGGGUGUCUUUUGAGGGAGGACGAGGGGGGUGGGGCAUGAUGGCCACCCUCCCCGCUCCCGGCGUGGGUGCAGGAGUGCCCAUGAAGGGGUCCCAGAGGUGCCGAUGGGGCGGGUUUAUUCCCGCACCCUCCGGAGGCUGGGCAGUGGCAGAGCUGCCGGCUGAGGUGGCCGUUCUGCAGCGAGGGGGGACGGCGGCUGCGCACCGGUAAGGCCGGAGGGUCGGCGAAGUGCCCCCCCCCCCCAACUCCCCGGGGUGGACAAGCGACCGCGAGGGGCCGGUGCCGGUUGCGCCUUGCCCUGCCCACUCGCAGGACGGUUAGGGUGGGCCACGGCCACGGUCACAGCCACGGUCACGGCCACCACUCCCCGCGCCGCGACCAAUGGGAUCCCGCCCGGCCCACACGCCGCGCUCCGCCAGCGCGUAAAUAGGGGCAGGAGCGGGACGGCGAGCCCGCAGCGAGCCCGGCUCCCCGGGAGAUGCCGGCCGGGAGGGAACCGGGCACCGGCCGGGGUUCACCGGGGGCCGGGGCAUGUGGGGCUGUGCCGCGGCAGCGCUGAGCCCGGAGAAACUUCACGCUCCAGGGACUCGCGGCUGCGAGAGGCAACGAGGCGUUUGCCGAGCCCGAAACGCAGCCCCGGGAACGCUGGAGCGCCUCAGCCCCCCGAUGCCAGACACCGGCUCCCCCCCACGGGUGCUGGGCAGCCCACGCCUGGCCGGAGCGCAGGCUUUCCACAAUGCCUCCUACCUGCGGCACCUCGACAUGUCCUCCAACCACCUGCACGCCGUCGAGACGCACUACUUCGACGCGCUGGUGAGCUUGGAGGAGCUGCUGCUCUACAACAACCGCAUUACGCGAGUGGAUGAAAACGCCUUUGCCAAGCUGAGCGGCCUGCGGAAAGUCUACCUGAGCUGGAACAACCUGACCACCUUCCCCUUCCACUCGGUGCAGGGGCUGGGAAACUACAGCCUCCGCACGCUGGACCUCUCCUCCAACAGCCUGAGCAGCAUCCCUGUGGACGAGCUGGCGGUUCUGCCCGAAAACAUCGGGAACGGCUUGUACCUGCACAACAACCCCAUCAGGUGCAGCUGCCCUCUCUACCUGAUGCUCCAGCGCUGGAAGCAGCGAGGUUUCAGCUCUGUGAAGGAUUUCUUCGAGGAACACACCUGCAAGGUGUCCGACAGCGUGCCCCGGUCCCUGAUCAAGUUCCUCAAGUACAGCCACAUGUUUGAGAACUGCUCGGCAGGCCCCGAAGAUGUGCACCCCGUGCCCUUCCCCGCGAUGGUGGGCCAGGCCCUCCUGCUCGCCUGCAACACCAGCCUGCCGGCCGUGGCCACCACCUACAUGUGGAUCUCCCCUCACCACGAGCCCAUCAAACACCCGGGGAACAGCAACCGCUCCUUGGAGGUCUACCGCAACGGCAGCCUGAAGAUCGCAGUGGCCAAGCCCUGGCACUCGGGGGUCUACGUGGGCUUGGCCAUCAACAGCCCCCACAACUUCAGCAGGUUGUGCGAGGUCAACGUGACGGUCCACUACCCCAAGCCGGACGGGGAGACCUUCAGCACCGGCCUCACGACCCUGCUGGGGUGCAUCGUGAGCCUGCUGCUCGUGCUCAUGUACUUGUACCUCACGCCCUGCCGCUGCCUGAGCUGCUGCAAGAGGCCGGCUCCUCUCAGCCCUCCGCAGGAGUGCAGCGCCCAGUCCUCCAUCCUCAGCGCCACUCCCCCCGCCACCGACGGGCCAAACCGCAAGGCCAGUGCCAACAAGCACGUGGUCUUCCUCGAGCCCGUCAGGGAGACGCAGAACGGCAAGAUCCGCCUGGCCCUCGGCGAGGACUUCCCCGACCCCAAGCACCCCAAGGUCCUGCAGCUCAAGUCGGACUCGGAGUCCAUCAGCUCCGUCUUUUCGGACACCCCCAUUGUGUCCUAACGGGGUAGAGCUGGGAGCAGAGCCAGGGCCUGCCAAGAGCUCUUCUCCUCCACCGUUGCUAGAAGCAGGAUUAUCGGGCACCUCGAAUUCCUGGCUUGA